ACGACGACCCUGUGAAGCUUACAUAGUUCAAGCUUUCCAAUACGAGCGCUGAAACGCGACAGGGGGAGUGAGUGGUUCAGUAGAACAAGGUAAAGUCUGCAAGAGCUGAACUUCUGUUGAUGGAGUUCUCUCGUCCCGGAGUGGAACACCCCCCAGCGCACGAUGUCACCCUGGCGUCGCCUCAGUCGGCCCAGCCCAGCCCUUUUGGAUCCCUAACAGUACUAGCAUGGUACAAUACAUAGAUUUUGUCUGCUAACGUGAGGGAUUCUCGUAAGGUAGGUACAUUUACCUACUAAAAAUGCUAGUAACCUGCUUUCUAAUACAUAGUAGCCGUUUAAUACCUAUUACGUGGAGAGUCUAAAAUGGAUCAGGCCCCGUCCCGAUCCUUCAAAAAAGCCCCCAAGGGAACGAGAGAUCACCCCGUUCGCUGCUGCUGCCCACCGAGCCCGAAGGGUUCUGCUUUGCUUUUGCUCUAGUUAAACUAACUAUUCUCCUCUGCUCCGCUUCUACUUACUUUCCUUCUAGUUAUAGUUUUUUCGGUUUGUUGUCUGUCUGUCUGUCUGUCUAUCUGUCGUUUGACGACGACAAAGACGAGUUUUUCGACUUUUCUAUAACCGAGUAGAGCGAUAGUAGUAAUUCGCCGGUGUAGUAAUAGCCGUGGUAGUCUGUCGUCGCCGAUUUUUACUUAACGCGCUGCUGCUGCUGCUACCAUGGCCGUACAGACAACGACAACGGCGGCGAGCGCCUCGGAGGCGAACCCGAGCCCAACAGCAAUGCCGUCCUUCUCGGUUCUCACCCUCACGCAAAAAGAGCUCACGACGACUUUCACCCCGCCGUCGUCGUGCGCGGAAAUGCACCUCACCCAGCUGUCUUCCCCGGUGUAUCAGUUAUGGCUUAACGAGCCACAACCCGUACCAAGUUCAAAGUUUGGGGAAUGCUAUCCGUCUGGGUAUAUUAAUGGAUAUACGAGUAUAGGAAAUGCCUCGAGUUCUAUCGCUCCCAUGUUCUCGCCGCUGGUUUGUCCUGAAGGCUGGAACACGGCGAGGGCGUGGCCCAAUGGAUAUAUAGCUUGUUGCGCCGAUGGCUUUCAGCUUCAUGCUCCCGACAAACCGGUAGACACCAACCGGCCCGCGUACGGAGGUACCUGUUAUAGUACUUUUACAAUUGGCCAGACCGUUAAGGUCACCGCGUAUGACACGGAGAGUCUCACGGCGACAGCGGACUGGGUCGCCUCGGCUACGAAUGACCAGGCCUAUGCUCAUCCCAUCGACGGCUUCGCGCUCACCUCAGACGACUCAGACUCUUCCGGCCUCUCAGGUGGCGCAAUCGCGGGUAUCGUGAUAGGCGUCUUGGUAUUUGUGGCCGCUAUUCUCGUUGGUUUACUAUUCUUCUUUAAACGAUACCGCCAGAAGAGGACUCUUCAAACCACGCCGGACGGCUUACAGCAAGACCAGCAACAGCCAGCAGUUCCCCAAGAGCAAUGGAGCAAUAAGGAGCCGAUAGCAUCGUCCCCUGCUACGGCUUACACGCAAUCGCCGUAUACCGCCACUCCAGGAGGGUAUGAAAUCCCGACGCCGCCUUACCAGGCCACAGGACAUUACGAACUCGACUCUUCGACGCCGAAUGAGCUUGAUUCGGGAUGGGCAGGAGGCGAACUAGAGAGUCACGAAACACCGGCGCAAAAGCGGUAUUAGGGCGGCAUUGCACGGCAGAUGGAAGGGGGGGGGAAUAUCGAAGCGGGACUAAUAGGGAGGGGGGAGUUUGCACUGUUUAUAUACCAUUACGACGCACGCGGCGGCAUUUCUGAUUUCUUACCCUACUUUCUCGGAGCGUUGGAAUAGAUGAGAUUGGAUUUUAGGUUGACGAAAUGCUACUUACAAUUAAAGUAUAACGAAAGACCUAUUGUCGAGAUAUAUCCUUAGGUACGUCUCUCAUACUACCACUACCGCGUACCACCAUUAUACCUAUACACCUACCUCCUACUUAGGUCUGGAUAUAUAUACCUAAUACAUAUAAGGUAUAUGUUAGGUACGAAUACCCUUCUAUGUAGGAGUAGCUCGACGAACGAAUAACCUCCCAUAGCAGCAAAUCUUUUUAUUAAUUUUUUAUUUUUUAUUUUCCCUUAGACAUAAUACAGGCUAUUGUACCAAAUUUGUAUAUUAUAUUACAAUUCCAUUGCAUAUUAUAUUAUCUUAUCUUAUCUUCCGCGUCGUUAUUACUUGGUUAUGUUUUUUCUUCGUAAUAAGAAAUAAAUA